AUGGCCACGUCCGAAUUCAAAGGACAGAUUCCUUUCCGUGCCACAGGUCAAACUACAUGUAUUCAUCACAAGGACAGACAAUUUGACAUUUACUGCGAAAAAUGCAAAGAACCAGCUUGUACGAAGUGCCUGUCUACUGUCCAUAGGAGUCAUACAGUGUGCGACCUUAUUGAAAUUACUUCUCAAAAGAAAGAAGACAUUCAAAACUUCAUAGACAAAACCGAAACUGUUGACCUUGAACAAAUUAACCAACACAUCACCUCUACUGACACACAAAUAAAGGACAAUGUCAGCAUCUUUGAAAAACUUUCAAUCGAGUUGCGGACACAAACAAUUAAACUAAAAGGAGAUCUUGACCAGUUAACAGCUCGGACUCUGUCUCUCUAUCAGCAAAUGGAGGAGGAUAACGCCAAGCUACUUCAAACCUACAAACAGGACCUGGAAAUGUACAGUACUCAGCUAAAACAACAAGUAAAGGAAUGUAAGAUAGCACUUCAGCGUGGCUCUGACAUGCAAAUCUACGACACAGUAUGUGCUAUUCAAUAUUCAGUCACUCUCCCCGUAAAACCUACCCUAGGUACUACUAGUUUCACUCCAAACCAAAAUCCGCAGGGUGACCUGAAACAAGCUUUGGGAGAGGUAAACACCUCAUAUCAAGGUCGGGGUCAAGCCUCGCUAGAUCAUGACCUGUCAGUUGGAUCAGCUGCUGUACAAGGCUCAUCCCCUACACAAGAGAGGUCAGAACACAUAAGAAAGACAUACUCUACACAACAGCAGUCAGAACGAAAGGUUAGGAUAUCACCUACACAACAUAAGUCCACAAGAAGAAAGGACGUGACCAGUCUGUUGCAUCAGACCAAUGUGUUAGGGGAGUGGACGCCUUCAUGUAUUAUAUCUUCUGUAUGUCCCACCACUGAAGGACAGGUGUGGACUAGUGAUGGUAGCAUCUUAACUCUAUUGAACAGGAAGGGCGAAGCAAUACAGGAGGUUAAACACGAUGAUGUGAUCAGAGACAUAAGUCUGUCACCAACAACCACCACACUGUGGGUCUGUGACAGGAAAAACAACAUCACUGAGCUCGUGUCGGGACGACUAGUAUAA